AUGUUACUUGAAAUUCUAAAGAAUGUCAGUGGAAAGAUUAUAGUUAUUGGUGAGUUUGUGUCAUUGAUCAUUAAGUUGGUGUUUGAAGCUUCGAUUUGUUGUAUUUGGAAGGAGAGAAAUGCCAGGAUUCAUGCUCCGUUGAAUAGUGUAUCCUCAGCAAAGACGGCACAAGCAGUGAUUUAUGAGAUAAAACAGACAGUGCAAGCUCUCUUGGAUCCUUUAUCCAGAGCUCAUAACUCGAAGAGGACUGAUAUCACUUUGUUAGGAACUUGGAUGAAGAGGUUUUAG